UACAAAGGAGCCUCUCCGCCAGCCCGUGCCACCGCUGCUAAUGAGAGCGGUCAUUAAGUAAAUGAGACGUCGCCUUUAGCUGGCUUAGGAGUUCGCACACUAAAGGGAGAAGAUAUUUAAUUGAAACCCGCACACAGGCUCCCCACAUGUGACCGCUGGGAGGGAGGCAGCUGCCUCGCCUCUCCACCCCGUCCACCCUGCACCCCCAUGUAAAUUUCAUGAUUGCUUUCCGUGAUGUCAUUUUGAAGGAGGACAGACAAUAGCUGUGGGGAAAGAAAAUGAGUUCCGGGGGGAGCUGCUGAGUCAGAGGUGGACGCAAGGACACAAAGCCAACGACUGCAGGACCUCAAGACUCUUCCUGGGUGGACGUGGCAAGAUGAGUUUGGAAAACGAGGAAAAGAGAGCUCGAACAAGAUCCAAGGCCCUCCGAGCUCCCCUAGAGCCCACAGGUGCUGACCUCAGCUGUCCUACCCCAGGAUGCACAGGCUCAGGACACAUCCGGGGCAAGUACUCCAGGCACCGAAGUUUGCAGAGCUGCCCUCUGGCCAAGAAGAGGAAGCUGGAGGGUGCUGAGGCUGGGCACCUGGGGUCCAAGCGGAAGGCGCACCCCCUGAAGCUGGCGCUGGACGAGGGCUACGGCGUGGACAGCGACGGCAGUGAGGAUGCUGAGGUGAAGGACGCCUCUGUUUGGGACGAAUCGGAAGGAACUGCGGAGGAGGACGAGGCGGAGACGUCAGGACCGGAGGAGAGUCAUCGCCCCGAGCCAGCUGAAGGAAAGAGCCCUGCCAAGGCUCAUUUCGGGUCCAAUCCCAUCAGCAGCCCCACGGGCUCCUCCAAGGGCAGCUACAGCAGCUAUCAGGAAAUCAUUGCAACUUCACUCCUAAAUUUGGGCCAAAUCGCUGAAGAGACCCUGGUUGGGGAAGGCUCUGGCCAGGCAGCCCAGCCAGGCCCUGGCCCCGUGCGCGAGGAGGAGGCUGAGGAAAGGGCUACCAGUGACGCGGGGGAGAAGGACGUCUUUAUCCAACCGGAAGAUGCUGAGGAGGUCAUCGAAGUCACCAGCGAGCGCUCCCAGGAGCUGUGUCCCCAGUCCCUGGAGGGUGUGGUCAGUGAGGAGUCCAGCAAUCAGAAAGUGGGCCUGAGUAACGAGGAGGAAGAGGAGGAGGACGAGGAGGAGGAGGAAGAGGAAGAUGAGGAGGACGAGGAGGAGGACGAGGACGAGGACGAGGAGGCCCCCCCAGACCUGAUCUGCCAAGAGGACCCCCCCUGCACCCCCACCCCAAAGGCCCCUGAGCCCCAGCACCCACCACCUCACAGUCCCACGCCCGAGCGCUCUGUCAUAGUGGAGGUGCACUCAGACGAGGACUCGCGCUCCCAGAAGUCCACGGUCACGGACGAGUCGGAGAUGUAUGACAUGAUGACCCGCGGGAACCUGGGCCUCCUGGAGCAGGCCAUCGCCCUGAAGGCAGAGCAGGUGCGGGCUAUCUGCGAGCCGGGCUGCCCAGCUGCGGAGCGAGGCCCGCUGGGUCCAGGGGAGCCAGGGAAGUUGGCCAGGCCCCCGGAUGGCGUGCGGAAGGACUACUGCAGCAAAGAUCCCUCAAGAGCUGAGAAGCGUGAGAUCAAGUGUCCGACGCCAGGCUGUGAUGGCACUGGCCACGUCACGGGGCUGUACCCGCACCACCGCAGCCUAUCUGGUUGUCCCCACAAGGACCGGAUCCCCCCAGAGAUCUUGGCCAUGCACGAGAACGUGCUCAAGUGCCCCACCCCCGGCUGCACCGGCCAGGGCCACGUGAACAGCAACCGCAACACCCACAGGAGCUUGUCUGGGUGUCCCAUUGCUGCUGCAGAAAAAUUAGCCAAAUCUCACGAGAAGCAACAACCACAGACGGGAGACCCUUCCAAGAGCAGUUCCAAUUCAGAUCGGAUCCUCAGGCCCAUGUGCUUCGUGAAGCAGCUUGAGGUCCCUCCAUAUGGAAGCUAUCGGCCCAGCGUGGCCCCUGCCACACCCAGGGCCAACCUGGCCAAGGAGCUGGAGAAGUUCUCCAAGGUCACCUUCGACUACGCAAGUUUUGAUGCUCAGGUUUUUGGCAAGCGCAUGCUUGCCCCAAAGAUUCAGACCAGCGAAACCUCACCUAAAGCCUUUAAAUCCAAGUCUUUCCCAAAGGCCUCUUCCCCCAGGCACAGCCCCUGCGCCUCAUCCUCUUCUGCAGGCUUCGACUACACACACGACGCAGAGGCUGCCCACAUGGCUGCCACCGCCAUCCUGAACCUCUCCACGCGCUGCUGGGAAAUGCCUGAGAACCUCAGCACAAAGCCGCAGGACCUGCCCAGCAAGGCUGUGGACAUCGAGGUGGAUGAGAACGGAACCCUGGACUUGAGCAUGCACAAGCACCGCAAGCGGGAAAACGCCUUCCCUGGCGGUGGCGGCAGCCCCAGCGUGAAGUCACCAGAGGCCUCCCAGCGCCAGAGCAGCACCAGCGCCCCCAGCAGCUCCAUGACCUCCCCCCCAUCCAGCCACGCCUCCCGCCAGGACGAGUGGGACCGGCCUCUGGACUACACGAAGCCCAGCCGCCAGCGAGAGGAGGAGCCUGAGGAGUCAGAGCCAGCAGCCCAUUCUUUUGCUUCUUCUGAAGCAGAUGACCAGGAAGUGUCGGAAGAGAAUUUUGAGGAGCGGAAGUACCCUGGGGAGGUCACCCUGACCAACUUUAAGCUGAAGUUUCUCUCCAAGGACAUAAAGAAGGAGCUGCUCACCUGUCCCACCCCCGGCUGUGACGGCAGUGGCCACAUCACCGGGAACUAUGCCUCCCACCGCAGCCUCUCUGGUUGCCCUCUUGCUGACAAGAGCCUCAGAAACCUCAUGGCUGCCCAUUCUGCUGACCUCAAGUGCCCCACGCCUGGCUGCGAUGGCUCUGGCCACAUAACGGGGAACUACGCUUCGCACCGGAGCCUGUCAGGCUGCCCCCGUGCCAAGAAGAGUGGAGCCAAGGCGACGCCUGCAAAGGACGACAAGGAGGACCCUGAGCUAAUGAAGUGCCCAGUUCCAGGCUGUGUGGGGCUUGGCCACAUCAGCGGCAAAUAUGCCUCUCACAGGAGUGCUUCGGGCUGCCCCCUGGCUGCCCGGAGGCAGAAAGAGGGCUCCCUCAAUGGCUCGUCCUUCUCCUGGAAGUCUCUGAAGAAUGAGGGGCCCACAUGCCCCACUCCAGGCUGCGACGGCUCUGGCCACGCCAAUGGGAGCUUCCUCACCCACCGGAGCUUGUCUGGCUGCCCUAGAGCGACCUUUGCUGGAAAAAAGGGAAAACUCUCAGGGGACGAGGUUCUGAGCCCAAAAUUCAAGACAAGUGAUGUGCUGGAGACCGAUGAGGAGAUCAAGCAGCUGAACCAGGAGAUCCGCGACCUGAACGAGUCCAACUCGGAGAUGGAGGCAGCCAUGGUGCAGCUGCAGUCCCAGAUCUUGUCCAUGGAGAAGAGCCUGAAGACCAUCGAGGAGGAGAACAGGCUCAUUGAGGAGCAGAAUGAGGCCCUGUUUCUGGAGCUGUCGGGCCUGAGCCGAGCCCUCAUCCGAAGUCUCGCCAACAUCCGCCUUCCGCACAUGGAGCCAAUAUGCGAGCAGAAUUUUGACGCCUACGUAAGCACCCUUACCGACAUGUACUCCAACCAGGAGUGCUACCAGAACCCGGAGAACAAGGACCUCCUGGAGAGCAUCAAGCAGGCUGUGAGGGGGAUCCAGGUCUAGGCCUCCCUGUUCGGGGAGCCACCAUGCUGACCCCGGGGCGCCGGGGCACCCACUCAGCUCCACUGUUUACCUCCCUUGCCCGGCCCUCCCGGUGGAGAUUUCCAACUUGCAGUGACUCCCAGCUGGCAGCCCCGGGCAGCCUCGGUGGCCACCCGGAGGGGCUGGGCCUGGAAACCCGUAUCUUCCUCGAUGCGAUGCGCUUUGCCAGGCCGGAGCCUGGGCCUCUCCACGCAAGUGCAGGUGCACGAAGGGUUACAAAGUGAUUUGUUUUUGCUUCUGGAGUCUCCAGUGGAAGCUCAUGGACAAGGUUCUCAGGGAAGUUUUGGAGUUCGCAACCACAGUAUUGCUUUGUCUGUCGAGGCGGGAGGGCAGCCGUGGGCCGGGGCGGGUCGUGCGUGUGUCAUGUCAGCCUGGAGCGUGCCCGUGUGCCUGCUUGGUGCAGCCACUGUGGCAAGUGUGUUUUCUGUUGUCCUUUAAUUCAGUUUUAUGUUAAGGAUGGAAAAAAGCAACGUUCCAGAGGUUAGGUUAGGAAUAUGCCUGCAGCCCACUGUCGGCUCAAGGAAGCUAACCUGGGACCCUUGAAAGUUCCAACCGGAAGCUCCUCUGUCUGGGCGCUGCGGCCCGAGCCCGUACAGACACUGUGGCUUGGGGUCAUGCUCUCUCUUGAGGUCUGGGUCGGGGCCAGGGCCUCUGGCUCUGCAUGUGCCCGCCCAGACCCAGACCCAGACCCAUCACUGCCACGUCCCCCGGGUCACAGCUGAGCUUUACCGAGGGGGGCGCAGCGUCAGCAAGGUCAAGGGGUAAAUUCCUAACUGGAGACCACCAAGGUUUCUCUUCUUUUUAGAUCCAUUCAAGAUUUGAGAGAAGGUAAAUUUUAAUUUAAUGUGUUAAAAACACAAUGUUCUUAACAUGUAAAUAGAGUCCAAAUCAAUUGUGACUGCAAUUCCAAGUUAGUAUUUAAAAGUAGAGAAAUUGCACUUCCUGGAAGAAAUAAGAAAGUAGUUAGUUUAAUUAUUCUGUAAAUUAUUUAAUUUUGUCAAAAUGUAAGUAUUUAUAUUCACAACCUCUUAUGUUAACAUUUGCUAUUUAUUUGACAUUUUUAUUUAUUGAUUUUAUACUAUUUUACCUAGACCCACACCAGGAUGCAUGAGAGGAAAAUAAAUGAAAUCAAAGCAAAAUUACCCAUUGGACUAUGAGAUAGGCCACAAAAAAAAAAUCUCGCUGUAACUUCUAGUUGUAAUUUUAAUGCAACCAAGUUAUUUUUAUAUAUUUUGUUAUUUAUUAUUUUAAUAAUGGAAUUGUGAAAAAGUAUUUUGUAACUGAGGAGGUUUGAUAAUUUGGGGACACUCUCCCCUGGUCCACUGGAAAGAGGGACUUUCUGGUUUUCUUUGCCCCUUUGGCUCCUUCUGUUCCAGGCACGGACAACAGCAAACAGAAUCUGUAUUUAUUGUUUAUUUAAGUGUAGUGCAGAUGUGUGUGCCCUGGCGUGUUUCCCAUGUUGCGUCUGUGUGCAGGUUCUCGGUGGCCGAGUCCUGUUGCUGUGGGGGCACGGGCCCAGGUCGCCUGCCCUCCGGCCCCUUUCCUUCGACAGCUCUGAUACUGUGACCCUCCUUCCUCAGGAAACACAUGGAACCCACAGCACAGCACUUCUCAGUGUGUUUGCAGGGUGAUUUCCUAAUAAAAGUCCACUCUG